AUGAAAAGCAGCCUUCUGUUAUACAUUGGCUUACACUUAAUUGUGGUGGCCGUGUUCUUGUCGUUGGAAAAAUACUUCGUGUCAGAACCGGCCUCGCAUACAUGGCAUAUCAACCACUAUGGGUCACUAAAGCAGUUCCAGCCAAUUUCUGGUACCAAGGGCGUCGGUAUCUCGGAAUUCUCAGAUUUGGUGACCAUUGACCUCGCAAAUCAGUCAAUUUUGAGCUCUAUUGACCUCAAGGAUACCGACUCGGACACAUAUGCCUUGCUUGAUAAUAUUGUGGUAACAUACUCAACAACUUCCUCGACAAUUCACAUCUUCGAAAGAUAUUCAGGCAUCUUCAUAGAAAAAAUAAGAUUGGAUGCUCCCCCAGUUCACUUCGGUGAAUUUUACGAUAAUGGGCUUUUGAUCCUUGACUCAAAGGGCUCAUUGAUUGCAUGGAACAAGACUGUCAAGAAGUUAGUGGGCAAAUAUAACGAAAGGUCCUUCAAAAGUUCUCUUUUCGAUGGUCUCUUCUACGCUUCCAUUGGACCAACCGUGAUGUGCUUGAAUUACCAGGCUGAGAACAUUAUCUCCAACGUCAGGACAUCGUCAGACAUUCUCGACUUGAAGGACGGCUUGGCAGUCUCUCAGAAUGAGGUUUUAAUUCUCAGGGGCACUAAGGGAGACGGAAAAGGUAAUAUUUCACAGACCAAGUCUUUUUCCUUCGUAAAUCCCAGGGUGAUCUCUAGCCAAAUCGUCGCUGAUUUGGAGUCUGAAAGAUUCACUCUCUAUAAAGUGGUGGAGGGCCACGAACUUGAAAUGAUUACACAACAUGCCGCCCAUGAUGCAUCAGAGAUCAGAACCAUUAUCUACGAGGAUAAAGUUUUCGUGGUGAGCUAUCUGAGCAACGGUUGUGAAAUCCACGAUUUCUCUAAGCUUGUGCAUACGUUUUCUUUCAACGAUAUCGUGAGUCAUGAGAUAUUAUUUGCAGACAAUGAGGGUGAGUUAUUUUCUUUUUAUGACCAAAAUGAAGAUGCAAUUCAGCAUAUGAGAGUAACCAAAGAUCAAGCAUUCGUCACAACUACUCUGCUCUCGUCCGACGAUAUCGAGUCGUCUGUUUUUGAGCUCACCGAGACUCUACCAAGACAACAUGCCAUUCUUAUCAACAAGCCUAGGUCUGCUACUGAGAUAGAGAAGGCUCAUUACUUGUCGGAGGAGUCCCAUAUUGGCAGUCCAUUCAUCAGAAUGCUUUUGAAGAUAAAACAUCACCUUGCUCAACUCUGGAGAUUCAUAGUGUAUUUUUCACGUGGCGGAUCCCCUGGAACCAUACCUAUUGAGGACACUUACGGCUUUCAAAAGCUUUUAAUAUCGUUUGAUGAUCGCGUGAAGGAACUCAAGGCGAGAAAUUCUCAAACACAAAAGGUCACUUGGAUUUCUAGAAUUCCAGAAUUGGAUAGUUUGACGAGCAUCGAAUCUUUGAACGACAAAAUCUACUUGUCCACUCCUCUCAAGGCUUUUGUGAUCGAUGCAAGAGAUGGUAGGGUGGAGAACGUCAGAGAGUUUCCUAUGAGGGGCGAAAAGACCAUCAAGCUCUCUAUUGAGCUUCCGGAGGAGAUGGGGGAAGAAGGGUACGAACCUUUUGCGCUCGGUGUGAAAUGUGGAACCUCGAUAUUUCUUUUAGAUGCUGAUUGCGAACUUACCGAGGGCCAAUAUUUCUUGGAAGAGAGGGAUGGUAAACUUCAGUCCUACAAGAUCACCGACCAUGAUCUUGUUCCCACAUGGUCCUAUGCUCCACAAAAUGAGAUCCUUUUGACUUUCUCGCAUAAUGAAGAAAAGCUCACGCCUGCUACGGGAAUAGCAAAAGCUAGACGAACAGUACUUUACAAGUACUUAAAUCCAAACCUUGUCACCAUUGUGACACAUAACAACGGUAACAACCAAAUCACUGUUCACUUGCUCGAUGGUGUGACUGGGACUGUUUUGUACGUGCAAAAGCUCAAUGAGAUUUCCAUUGAUCCCAGUACCAUCCAGGUUGUCCAGCGAGACAAUUGGGUCGUCCUCUCAUAUAUCGACAAAAAUGAUUAUAAACAGAUCCUCACUGUCCUUGAUUUGUUCGGUACUGUCGCCAAUGCAUCAGGGGGUGAAAAAUCAGUCUUUUCGGAAUUCGACAUAAAAAUCCACAAUGUUCUGAGCAAAUCAUACAUCUUUCCAGAAAAAAUCAACCUCCUCGGGUCCACUUCAACUAAGGUUGGGAUUACCACCAAGUCUCUAAUCGCUGUGACUGAAUCAGGAAGUAUGGUAGAGAUUCCAAAGUAUCUAGUGAACUCAAGAAGAAUCGACGAUCGCCCAUUAACCCAGGAAGAUUUUGAGGAAUUCAAAAUGAUGCCCUACGAUCCACUCAUUCCAAAACCUGAUUUGCAUGUUUUAAACGGAAACAAAAAGGUUCAUGUGCUGCAUUUAAAGGGAAUCCUUCUCACUGGAUCGACUGAGAUGGAAUCCACCUCUGUUGUAUGCUAUGUGAACGAAGCAACUGAAUUCUGUACGGUUGUUCAACCAUCCUUGUCGUACGAUAUCUUAAAACCUGCUUUUGACAAACAUAAAUUGCUUGCUACGAUUGGUAUACUCUACUUUGCAUUUGUCAUUUCAAAAGAAUUCGUCAAGUCUAAAAGACUAAAUGCAAAGUGGCUCGACUAA